GUUAUCUAAUAAUUCAAAGUGUAGUUUAUAGUAUGUGUCAAACAUGGAAUAUCAGUGGAAAGUGCUGUUGCUUCAUUUGUGAUCUAGAUAGUUGGAGAACUUAUGCUUUAGAUCUUCUAUUUUCUUUGCGUUUUCUUUGCGCAUGCGCAGAAGCGAAGCGGUCGCGAGACUAUGCGACGAAUUCGCGGGUUGCCGCCGAUCACGUGAUUUCCAGGAAACCAGUAUUCGAACCAAACAGCGGCGUGAGACCUGGCGCAGCGGCCGUUUAUAGUCCUCUGCACAGUUCCCGGUGUUUUAUCAGCGGCCAUUAAGUGCUCGGGACGCAUUUUACGACUUCAUAUAUGCCUGAAACAAGGGGAAGCAGGUUAGGUCAAGUAAUGGAACUAAGAGGUUAUGUUGUGCCUAAAGAUAAACAAAGAGACGAUGUCGGUGACGAAUUUGAGGACGAAAGUGAAGACGAUGAAGAGCAAGAGCCGGAAUUUUUGGAUGUGGCAGAAAUCGACCAAGUUAAUUCUGGGGGGCAUGUGUUCCACUCGUCGGUUUGUGUUUGUAAAGUUGACCUCUGGACAUUCUCUGGAGAAGCCUAUCAGGUGGAAGGGCGCUUCCCUUUCAUGGGUCCAUGGUGGGAGGUGACCUGUUCUGUACUGAAACGUGGAGCCUGGUUUGUUAUGAAGGGGUUUCCUUCUUACAAGCUACGUUCUGACCUGGGCAGGGAAGACUGGAUUCAUAUCGUGUCCCUAUUUCUGACAGAAUGUAACGUAGAAGAAAAUUUUGUAUCCCAGCUUUUUGACUGGUUACCAGAAAAUAGAAUCCUCUCCUUACACAACCUGAUGGACGUCCUUGGGGAAUUUUCAGAGGGAGGAAAAAGAGAUGAGGCACGAAUGAUUACAGCCAGAGUUUCAGUAUCAGCUGCUUGGAUGCAAGUGCAAGCCUUACACCUGUAUCCACACAUAAACAAAUACCUUCUCAAACUUCUGCCUCGCCAUUUCACUGUACUGCUUGGAAUGGAAAAGAAAGGUCCAACUCUGCAAGUGACACAGGCCACACAGAAUACACAGCACAGGGAUGAUUGCCAGGAGGAAGGAGCAAACUUUCACUUACUGGGGAAACUGGAACAAAUCAUUGCUGAAGAUGUGUGGAAGCUUGGAUUUAGCAAUCUUGUUUACAAAGAACUGGAACUUGUACGUUGUGAAGCCCAGCUCAGGGCUUUCGAGGAAUGUAACCUGCUUCAGGACAUCCCUCCACUGCAGCGUCACUCCUUGAUGGCAUACAAUGAGCUAAAGAAAUAUUGUCAUUCUUAUGGCAGCACCUUUAUUGAAAGGCAAGAUCUUUGUAAAAUCCUUACAAGGGGUGAACUGAUGUCUGAUGAACAGGCUUGGGAAGCCAUCUAUUUCCUCAAGGAACAGGCUGUAGUUGUACUCCCGACGGGCAAGGUCGUGCUGCAGAAAUUUGAUUUUUAUGAGACAGGCAUUGCUGAAAGUCUCAGAUCCCUCUCGGAACAAGGACGAUGGAACAUCCCUGUCAAUCCAGUAGAGGUACUGCAAGCAGCUGCAGAGGAAAGGCAACAAGAAAAAAUAAAAAAUGCAAAAGAGGCUACCAGUCACCCUGUUGAGGACAGCAAGUCAGUCUCUGUCUCUACAAAUAUACCCGAUUUACCAAGCAAUGACAAAGCAGGCCCUUUAGUCAAAUCAGAACCUGAAUUAGACCAAAAUCCACCAUUUGGAGAUCCAGAACAGCAGACCAUAAACUCCUCUCCCAUAAAACUUGACCAAGACCACAUUCAAGCUGCAAAGAUGAUCUGUGCCAACCCAGUGACUGUCAUCAGCGGGAAGGCUGGCUGUGGGAAAACGACAGUGGUCAGCCAACUGUUCAAAGCUGCUGUGCAGGGGCAGAAAGCCUCUUCAGACAGUGAAAAUGAUACAGCAGGAUCCCCUCUCUCAGAGUUGGAAGAUGUGAAUCGAGCGAUACAGAGUAAUGAAGAGAUCCUUUUGACUGCUCCCACUGGAAGAGCAGCCUCCCUGUUGUCCAAGAAGACCCAGUUUAAGGCAUAUACUCUGCACCAGGUCCUGCACAAGUACACAAACUUUAUGAGAAAAAUGAAAAAACGUGGAACAACAGAUCCUGAACAGUGGCAGUUUAAAAAUGUUCGUGUUUUGAUUGUGGACGAGGGCAGCAUGGUACCGGUCCAGCUUCUUCACUCUGUACUGAAAAUACUUAUACAACACGCCAACCUUCGGAAAUUCAUCAUACUUGGGGAUAUCAGACAGCUUCCCAGUAUUGACCCUGGGAAUGUCCUAAAUGACCUGUAUAACACUCUCAAACGCAUCGGGUGGGCCAUCGACAUGAGGACCAACCAUCGUGCAGAGUCUGAACUCAUCAUUGAGAAUGCAGAACUCAUCGCCAAAGUGGGGAUGAAUCGAAACCGGUUUCUAAACUUUCCAGUGAAAUUGAAGUAUGAUGCCGUAGUGGAUCUCUGUAGGCCGCAUACAGCACUCACUCCUGACAAAAGGUUCAUCCUCAUCCGUCUUCCCGCAAGAGGGGCAGAUGACGAUUUACAGAGGGCUGUCAAGUUCCUGAUUGUGAAUGCCCCUGGGCUGGACAACCAUUCCACUUCACAGUUCAUUGCUUUCAAAAGAGAUGAUGUAUUGCUUAUCAACGAGCUUUGCUGUAAGCAUUAUAACAAUCACACGACUAGAAACCACAAAAAGAAGCUGAAUUUUCAGCCUGGAGAUAAAGUCUGUUGCACCAGAAACGGUUAUGUUGCACUUGAAGAGGAGGAUAUAAAUAAAGAUCAGAGUCAAGCAGAGAAAACGCAAAAUGACUGUGAGAAAGACAGUGAGAAGGAAAGGCCUCCAGCACGCCUAUGUAAUGGAGAGAUUUUCUUCAUCAAAGACGAUGUUACUAAAGUUGAAGGCAAACGCCACUGUCGUUCCCUGACUCUGGACGACGGUGACGGAUACAUUUUCACAGUGGACUACAGAGAACUGCAGAAAGAGUGCAAGCUGCAGCAUGCCUGGGCCAGAACAAUUCACACCUUCCAGGGGUCGGAGAAUGAGACUAUUGUCUACAUAGUGGGAGACAGCAGGAAUCAGGGAUGGAAGCACAUCUAUACUGCUAUAACGCGGGGCCAAAAACGGGUCUAUGUGGUUUCCAAAGAGGAGGUAGUUGAAUCAACCAUUAAAAGGCCUGAAAUCCUGAGAAAGACCAGGCUUGGAGGUUUGGUCAAAGAGUACGUGGUGCAGGGCCAAGAACUGGUAGGCACACCUCAGGCACAGCUGAGCACACCCAAGGGAACACCAACAGGGUGUGGUGUUCAGCAGUCCACACCUCUCCGCACACAAACCCCUGGCAGACCCGUGGGCUCCAGGGACAUGUCUGCACCAGUCCAGCGUAAAUGUCUGUGGAAAGCCGAAGACGAGGAGGCCGCAGAGUCUCCUACGGAGGACAAUGUGUCCAGCCCAGCCAUGAAAAGUGACCAACUGGCAGCACCACUGGCCGCACAAGCGAUGGAAGGAAACGAGGCGAUCACUGCAACGUCGCCAGGCCACAAAAGGCAAAUGCCACUUUCUGCGGAGCACAAAGAAGUGCCGUGUAAACAAAGUUGUCCAGCCGGUGGCUCAUGUUUCACACAUGACUGAAGCUAAAGGGUGGUCACUUGCAUUAUUUCAAUACCGAAUCAUCUCUUCCCUCCCUACAGGGUCCUGAUUUAGCAAUCCUACAAUUGAGUUCUAAUUAAGGGGUACUGCAUUUCCAACAUGCACAUUUCAAUUUAAUACAAAUGACUGUUAUAACUGUUUUUAUUAUACAAAUGUAUUAAUCUUAAGAAAGAAAAACAUUGCAUUCUAUUUCUGAUCCAUGUAGCUUUGUGUUUACAGAGAGAGUUUGUAUAACAAUCAUGAAAUGUUAAGAUUGCACUCAUUUAAAAGCUGAUGUUUAUUUCCAUUAAGCCUAAAUUCAACCAAGUGUCCUUUUGCCCAGUGUCCCCAGCAUUGAUGACUGAUGACUGAUGGAUGGAUCACACAGUUACUGUAAACUGGUGCCAGUAUAUGCUUGCCCUGGCAGCAGUCACUACUUGGAUUCUAUUAAGAGGUGCAGUUUAUGCAGUGUACUGAUCCAUUAACCUUUUUUAUUUAUUAAUGAGUUAUGAAUGCAGUAAAGUGCACACCCCUGGGCUUAUACUUUCUAUGCAGUAUUUGAAAUGUUUUUAAAAUUGUUUUAUUUUAAUAAUAAUUCCAGUAAAGAAAUUACUAUUUUAUUCUUACAACUGGUGUUUUAUAUUCCAUAUAUUACCAAGUAAUUGCCAUUUUUCAUUUUUUGGAUGAUGAAAUGUAAGCAAUGUGUAUUCGUCAGGUGUCCUGAGAUGUGCAUGCUGCUUUUCUAUGCCAGAAUAAACACAACCCAAACUUA